GUAGCGGCGCAGCACCCCCUCCCUGUGGAAGCCGGCCUUCUCCAGCACUCUCUGCGACCGCACGUUCGCCACGUCCGUCACCGCCUCCAGCCGUUCCAGCCCCGGCAGGUCGUCGAACACCGUGCCCACCACCUGUGCGCGCGGCCAUGGAGGAGAUCCACGAUUACGAACAACGCCAUGUCCAAGAACGCCCAUGCGAGCUGGUAAUCACUGUACCAUCCUGACGGCGGCGGCGGCGAUGCCCCGGCCCCACUGGUCGUGCGCGAGGGCGUAGCCGAGGUUGGCCCUGCGACCGCCCUCGUCGGCGUACGGCCACACGGACACCUGCCCCACGGGCACGUCGCCGAAGCAGACGGCGCGGAACCACGGGUGGCCCAGCACGGUGUCCCUGAUCUGCGCCACGGCCUGCUCUCGGGUGGCGCAGAGCGGCCGCUUCAGGUGCCGCAUCACGCGGUCGUCCGACGCCCACGCCAUGAAGGCGUCCGCGUCCGCCAGGCCCAGCGCCCGGAGCGACACCACCGGCGCGUGGUGUCCUCCGUCCCGUCGCUGCCCGUGCACGUCGUCGCCGUCGGCGGCCGGCUCCAUCGCCGUGUGAUGAUCGACUCUGGCUGAGCUUAGCUUUGCCGCCCGGCCCCAGGCAGGCGUGCGCGUGCGCAUCGAUAGGUGCGACUUUGACGUGUCGCGGCCAAUUGGUCGGUCAUUCGGAUAAGAACGCGACAGCACGAGUAAUUAACAAUGCUGCGCGCGCUACUGGAUUAUCUUGUCUCGCAGUUCUUUCGACUUUCAGUUCGUUCAUACGGUGUGGUACGGCUGUUCAUUUUUACGUGACGUAUGCGCAGCAGCGGAAGUCUAGCAAUAUCAUAGUAUCGCAGCGCAGCCCAUCAUGUACGGCCCAUUGGGCUGGUUCUGCUGCUUGCCGACGGUCCAUCCCUACAGCCAGCCAGCCAGGGCAAACCGGCAAAACCCCAACGCAGGAGCAACACAGCGUCGCCGGCGGCGAUGGAUCCCCUCUCCGUGCUCCGCGACUACGCUGGCCGCAACGAGCUGGACAAGAUCAUCUUCUCCGGCGACGAGAUCCACUUCGGCUCUGACUACACCUUCCCGGCUUCCACCCCCACCGCCUUCGCCUCCAAGCAGUCAGGUCGCCCCUACCCGCUCUCCGCUGCCGUCUUCCUCGCGCAGCACCACGACCUCAAGCACACCGACUUCAUCCAGGCCGCGCGCCUCCGCCGCAUCCCGCCCGUAUCGCUCCCCGACCGCAAGACCUUCCUCGACUUCCUCCGCUUCGGCCACAACUCCCUCCCCUCCGCCGACCCGCUCCUCCCCUCCGCCUUCCAGCCGCAGGAGCCCCACCUCCAUCCGCCCUCGCCUCCGCCGGAGGACCCCGCAGCUACCGAAGAGGCCACCACGGGAAAGCAAAUCCGCGCGCUCGAGCGGCCCUUCAAGGACCGCAACUCAAUCCUCGACGCCCGCGGCCGCGACUUUCUCGCCGUCUUCCAUGCCGCCGUGCGCCGCCAGGACGAGCAGCUCAAGGGCGGCGGCAAGGAUGCGGCGCCCUCUUCCCGCCCCAACUCUGGCUCCGUCGCUGCAGCCCUGGCCAAGCCCAAGGUGCUGGACAGGUCCCUGGGCGACGGCGUCGUGCCCAUCAUCCUUGUGCCCAGCGCCUCGCAGACGCUGAUUACGAUCUAUAACGUCAAGGAGUUCCUCGAGGACGGGGUGUUCGUGCCCAGCGAGGAGAGGAUGCGGGCGACCAAGGGAGGGAAGCCGGAGAGCGUCACGGUGCAGAAGAAGCUGAUUCGUACGGAGAGAGCUGGCGGCGCUGGGGGUGCCGUCUCCUUCGAGGUUAGGGACAAGCCGGCUUCGCUCAAGUCAGACGAUUGGGGGCGGGUGGUGGCCGUGUUUGUGCUCGGCAAGGAGUGGCAGUUCAAAGACUGGCCCUUCAAGGACCAUGUAGAGAUCUUCAACAGAGUUAUUGGUUUCUAUGUGCGCUUUGAAGAUGAUAGUGUGGAAGCAGCCAAGGUGGUGAAACAGUGGAAUGUGAAAAUCAUAUCUAUAAGCAAAAAUAAAAGGCAUCAAGACAGAACAGCUGCUCUUGAAGUAUGGGAGCGCUUGGAGGAAUUUAUGCGGGCACGGACAUAAUUGAUGUGCAGUCAUAUUCUGUACAAUGGAAACGUUUUUAUUGUAGCUGCUCAACAGUAGGGUGCAGUUUGAACUCAUAAAUAACGUUACAACAGCGCAUUUGGUGAUCUAAUGGUAGCUUAGCAGACAACAGUUACACAUACAUGGUUGCAAGUGCAGCAAGAAACACAGCGACGAAUACAGUGCCUGCAGCCACGUCUCUGGAGCUUGUCGCGCCUGCUGCAUGCAGUAGUUCCGGUAGCUUCGAUGCGGUGCCUGCCGGUGCCAUUGCAGUGGCAGAAUCAUCUGAUGUUGGUGCCGGCGGUGCUCCUGACGCGUCUGGAACAGCAGCGGCAGGCGCGCCCGUCGACGGUUCAGCUGCCGGAGUCGUCGUCGUAGACACAGGCGAAGUGUCUCCCGCCGGCGGCUUGGAGCCCUCGCCGGCGGCGCCGGCUGCAACACCACGAGAGAAAUGGCAAGCUUGUCAAGCUGAUGGUGAACUGUACCACGAACGACUGGUGUUUGUGCGAAAUCAUGCAUAAUGUACCAUCGCAUGGGCUGGGCAGGUCGCAGACGUUGGGGAUCAUGCCCUGCGCCUGGCCGAGGAACACGCCGAUGGGGCUGGGCGCGAGCUUGGAUGCGGCGCAGAUGCACGGCGCCUGGGCCUGGAGGAAGCCACGGAGCUGGGAGCAGCAGGAGGCGAGCGUCGCCGAGCCGACGCCGAAGACGUAGCCGAUGCACGGGGACAGGCUGAGCGGCGCCGGCGGGCAGCUGGGCAUGGCCGGGAACGAUGCUGCCGUCUGCUGGGCUGAGGACAGCGUCGUUGCCGCCGCCGUGACGACGACGAGGGCGAGAGUCACCUGGAGCCACCGCCCGGCCAUGGCCGAUGAAUAGUGGUGACUGGCGGUGGGGUUUUCGGCGAUUACACGUACGAGACGAGGACGAAGAGGCGACCGUAGUUUAUACCGCAGGUUGUUGGGAAUUUUUUUUGGGGGGGCGUGGGGCGGUAUCAGUAUGGAGCGAAAGAUUUGUGUGCCUCACCCCAGGUGGAUGGGCCGGUCUAUCUAACUCGCUUUGGUACUGUGUCUGAGGCGAAUGCGACCUUGUGUGUGUUCUUUUCCCGGGUAUCGGUGAGCUGACCGGAGAAUAUAUGUCUCCGUCUGCAUCCAUGGCUCCAUCAGCCCUCUAAAGCUAAGUUCACGACGAUAGAUUAUAUUUUUGCUUUUUAUUUCAAA